AUGACACCGCGAUUCGCGCCGCGACAAAUAGAGAGUCGUGCUGACUCCCGUAGCAUAAGCAAGAGUCGCGACUCGAUAAUGCCAGUAUUUUAUUGUGAAAUAUGUAAAAAAAAUUGGAAAUCUGCGCGUACAACAAUAUUAUACCAAUGUAAAUUUGAUGAGCAACAAAAUUUUGGCAAAGUACAAAUGAAAAGAUUUGGUCAACAAUGCAACAACUGUGGCGAGGGUACAACCUAUUAUCCAGCUCAAUACAAUCUUGAUCAGAUAUGCAGAUCUUUACAAGUCCUCUUUGUAAAAGUACUUCAGGAGUUUUAUGGUUAUCAAAUACAGCAAGGUGGUGGUAGAUAUCGUCGACCAAAGACCACCACACCACCACAUGCAUCAAAAUAUUGUGAGGCAUGUCAUUAUCGUGUUUGCGGACAAGAAGAAGAAUAA